CUAACCUACUAUCUAUCUACUACUCUUCUAGAUCCUUCCCGCUAAGGGACUAACCUCUCCGACUUGAUUGCAGUGCCACUCACUAGGUCCCAAGCUUCCGGCCACUUGGCGCGUUCAUGUCUUGAUCUGGGUUAUAUCCCCGGUCACUUCCCUUCCUUUUCUCUCUCUUCUCUGUUGUUCCCGCUCCAGGCCACCUUGCGCUUUUCUGGGGUCCCAACAACAUGGAGCACUCCUACCUCUAUUCCCCAGCCGAAGUGCUGGACCAUUUUGACGUCAAGGAGAGCUCUGGUCUGUCGCAACAGCAGGUCUCUCAAUCGAGGAAAAAGUACGGUCCUAACGCCCUUGCGGAAGAACCACCAACCCCUCUCUGGCAACUUGUGCUGGAACAAUUCAAGGACCAACUGGUCCUGAUUCUACUGGGCUCCGCUGCUGUAUCUUUUGUUCUGGCUCUUUUCGAAGAAGGAGAUGACUGGUCCGCCUUUGUUGACCCCGUUGUGAUUUUGACGAUUCUGAUUCUCAAUGCCGUGGUUGGUGUUACCCAGGAGAGCAAUGCUGAGAAGGCUAUUGCUGCUCUUCAGGAAUACUCUGCAAACGAAGCUACUGUUGUCCGUGAUGGCGUUACCAAGCGUGUCAAGGCCGAAGACCUGGUUCCCGGAGAUAUUAUCGUCGUUGCGGUUGGAGACCGUGUUCCAGCGGAUUGCAGGCUACUUGCUGUUCACAGCAACAGCUUCCGAGUGGAUCAAGCCAUCCUGACCGGUGAGAGUGAGAGUGUGAGCAAGGACGCCCGCACUGUUCAUGACAAGCAGGCCGUUAAGCAGGAUCAAACCAACAUGCUCUUCUCUGGUACCACUGUUGUUAAUGGACACGCUACCGCCAUUGUGACCUUGACCGGUGGAUCAACCGCCAUUGGUGACAUCCACGAGAGCAUCACCUCUCAGAUCUCGGAGCCAACCCCACUGAAGCAGAAGCUCGAUGAUUUUGGAGACAUGCUGGCCAAGGUAAUUACCGUCAUUUGUAUUCUGGUGUGGAUCAUCAACAUCGAGCAUUUCAACGACCCUUCCCAUGGAGGCUGGACUAAGGGAGCCAUAUACUAUCUUAAGAUCGCGGUGUCUCUGGGUGUGGCUGCCAUUCCCGAGGGUUUGGCUGUGGUCAUUACCACCUGUCUCGCACUUGGUACCCGCAAGAUGGCUCAGAAGAAUGCAGUGGUCCGUUCGCUUCCCUCUGUGGAGACUCUCGGCAGCUGCAGUGUGAUCUGCUCCGACAAGACCGGAACCUUGACCACCAACCAAAUGAGCGCAGAGAAGAUCGCGUAUUUGAAUGCAGCCGGCACCGGUGUUGAGGAGAUUGAUAUUGAAGGCACCACUUUUGCGCCUGAAGGUAAAGUCACUCGCGAUGGAAAGGAACUCCAGAACGUUGCCGUGUCCUCGGCCACUGUCCGACAGAUGGCGGAGGUCAUGGCUCGCUGCAACAGUGCGACUUUGGCCCACGAUGCGAAGAACGGCUCAUUUUCCUGUAUCGGUGAACCUACUGAGGGCGCACUGCGUGUUCUGGUCGAAAAGAUUGGCACCGAUGAUGCCGCUACAAAUGCGAAGCUGUUCCGUCUCCCCGUCUCCCAGCGACUCCACGCCGCAAGCGCGUACUACGAAGCUCGCCUGCCCUUGAAAGCAACCUACGAAUUCUCGCGUGACCGGAAGAGCAUGUCCGUGCUCAUUGGAAAUGAUAAGGAACAGAAGCUACUCGUCAAGGGCGCUCCCGAGUCUAUCUUGGAGCGGUGCACACAUGUUCUUCUUGGAUCUGACGGCAAACGGGUGUCUCUUACCAAGUCUCAUCUUGAUAGGCUCGCUGCUGAAGUUGUGGGCUACGGUAGCCGUGGUCUUCGUGUGAUGGCUUUGGCUAGUGUCGACGGUGUCAACAACAACCCUCUGCUUCACAACGCUCAAUCGUCCCAAGACUACGCCCAGCUGGAACAAAACAUGACCCUUAUCGGACUUGUCGCUAUGCUCGAUCCCCCACGCGUUGAGGUCGCAGCUUCCAUCAAGAAGUGCCACGAUGCUGGAAUUCGGGUUAUCGUCAUUACCGGUGACAAUCAGAACACCGCUGAGUCGAUCUGCCGUCAGAUUGGUGUCUUCCACGAGGGCGAGGACCUCAAAGGCAAGAGUCUCACUGGAAGGGAGUUUGACGGCCUUUCGGAGGCUGAGAAACUCGAGGCUGCUAAGACUGUGUCUUUGAUUUCCCGCACCGAGCCUAGCCACAAGUCCAAGCUGGUCGAUCUUCUCCAAUCUCAAGGCCAUGUGGUUGCCAUGACUGGUGACGGUGUCAACGACGCCCCUGCCCUGAAGAAGUCGGAUAUUGGUGUGGCUAUGGGAACAGGAACCGACGUUGCUAAGCUGGCUGCUGAUAUGGUUUUGGCCGACGACAACUUUGCCACCAUCACCGUGGCUGUGGAAGAGGGACGUUCCAUCUACAGCAACACUCAGCAGUUCAUCCGCUACCUGAUCUCUUCGAACAUCGGCGAAGUGGUGUCGAUCUUCUUGACCGCCGCCUUGGGCAUGCCUGAAGCCUUGAUUCCCGUGCAGCUUCUCUGGGUCAACCUUGUCACCGACGGCUUGCCUGCUACUGCGCUCUCAUUCAACCCCCCUGACCAUGAUGUGAUGAGACGCGCCCCCCGCAAGCGCGACGAGCCCCUGGUUGGCGGCUGGCUUCUGUUCAGAUACAUGGUGAUCGGUACUUAUGUUGGUGCGGCUACUGUCUUCGGCUACGUUUGGUGGUUUGUGUACAACCCUGAGGGUCCUCAGAUUUCCUUCUGGCAAUUGUCUCACUUCCACAAGUGCUCCUCGCAGUUCCCUGAGAUUGGGUGCGAGAUGUUCUCGAACGAUAUGUCCCGCUCGGCCUCUACUGUGUCUCUUUCGAUCUUGGUCGUCAUUGAGAUGUUGAACGCCAUGAACGCACUCUCGUCCAGCGAAUCCCUUCUUACGUUCUUCCUCUGGCACAACCCCAUGCUGGUCGGUGCCAUCGUCCUUUCGAUGGCGUUGCACUUUGCGAUCCUGUAUGUGCCCUUCUUGCAGGGUUUGUUCUCGAUCCUGCCCCUGGGCUGGAUGGAAUGGAAGGCCGUCGUGGCCAUUAGUGCCCCGGUUGUGCUCAUCGAUGAGGUUCUCAAGUUCGCGGAACGUCGUCUGUACAAUAACGUCCCAGCAAGAUCUACCGUCGAACAACAGAACGGAGGAGUGGGGAAGCCUAAGCGGGCGUAGAUUUGAGCAACGAAGUGAUGACUCGAAUAUGAGGGGGUGCAUUGAUGAUAGAUAU